AGAGAGAGAGUGGCGAUGUAUAUAUCCACGCCUGCUGCGAGAAACCAACGGUCACCAAGGCUCCCGUUCUCCUUCCACCCGCAGCGGCAAGAGAUGUUGGCGUUACCCCGUCUCCUCUUCCCUCCCUCCCUCUCAUGCGCCAUCUCCAACCCCCAUCCCCUAUCUAUUUUCACCACCACCACCACCACCACCAGAAGAAUCACUGCCCUCUCUCAAUCUCGACAACUCGCCGUCGCCAUCCCUUCCAAAUCAGCCGUCCGUGACUUCUGGCGGUGGCUGUCCGACGAGGGAGUGGUGAAUUCCUCCUCUUCCCCACCGUCAGUGAAGCCGGAAUUCGUCCCCGAAGGCCUAGGCCUUGUUGCCCAGCGGGACAUCACCAAGAACGAGGUGGUGGUGGAGGUCCCCAAGAAGCUGUGGAUCAACCCCGACACCGUCGCCGCCUCCGACGUCGGGCGCGUCUGCGGAGGCCUCAAAUCCUGGAUCGCCAUUGCUCUCUUCCUCCUCAGGGAGAAGGCCUUGGGCUCGGCUUCUUCAUGGCGCCCCUAUCUCGACAUCCUUCCGCUCGCCACCGAUUCUCCCAUCUUCUGGUCAGAGGAGGAGCUUUCGGAGAUACAAGGAACCCAAUUACUGAGCACAAUAAUGGGUGUCAAGGAAUUCGUGCAGAGUGAGUUCAUCAAAGUUGAGGAUGAUGUCAUACUUCCAAACAAACAUCUCUUCCCCUCAACCAUAACAUCCAAUGAUUUCCUGUGGGCUUUCGGAAUACUCAGAUCAAGGGUAUUUCCACACCUUCGCGGCGAAAAUCUUGCUCUAAUACCGCUGGCUGACCUUAUCAACCAUAGUUCUAGCAUAACUUCAGAAGACUCUUUUUGGGAGAUAAAGAAAGGGUUUUUCUCAAGGGAACUCAUAUUCUCUUUGCGAACACCAAUUUCUGUUAAGGCUGGUGAGCAGGUGUAUAUUCAAUAUGAUCGGGCAAAGAGCAAUUCUGAAUUGGCACUUGACUACGGCUUCAUUGAGUCAAGGCCAGAGAGGGAGGUGUAUACUUUGACACUAGAAAUUACAGAAUCAGAUCCAUUUUAUGGAGACAAGUUGGAUAUUGCUGAAACAAAUGGUUUAGGGGAGACUGCUUACUUUGACGUCAUCCUGGGUUCUCCUCUCCCUCCAGCAAUGCUCCCAUAUCUUCGGAUGGUAGCUCUUGGGGGAACAGAUGCAUUUCUUCUAGAAUCAAUUUUUAGGAAUUCAGUUUGGGGUCACCUUGUGCCUGUGAGUCGUGCCAAUGAGGAAACAAUAUGCCGAGUUGUUAGAGAUGCUUGCAAAUCUGCCUUGUCUGCCUAUGACACUACCAUAGAAGAGGAUGAAAAACUUAUGGAAGAGGGUAAUCUGGAUUCCAGACUUCAAAUUGCAGUUGCUGUAAGAGCAGGUGAGAAGAAAGUACUUAAGCAGAUUGAUGAUAUAUUCCGAGAGAGGGAGCUGGAGUUGGAUGGGCUGGAGUACUACCAGGAGAGGAGGCUCAAGGACCUGGGGUUAGUUGGGGAGCAAGGUGAAAUAAUCUUUUGGGAAUCCAAGUAGGUUGAUGUCUGUAUUAUGCUUUCAGUAAUCUGAGUUUAGAGGCCCUUCAAGGCUGCAUUUAAUAGACUCGUGUGUGUGCCUCGGUAUUUCAGAAAUGAAGAUCCAUUUUCACAGAA